AUGAACUUCGGCAGUAGCCCUGGCCCAGACAACACCAUGGCCCCGGAUGACAGUGCAGGCCACUCAGAUCGGGAUGUCCCGGGUGCCAUCAGCCUACAAAUAUAUGCUGAGGUUUCAGAGAGCCGGUUGAUGUGGAUUCUACGCUUGCACCACACAGUUAUAUAUAUCUUCUAUGGGCUUCUGGGUGUGACCAGAAUCUUAAGCACUACCAUUAAAUCGCUUCCAGUCUCCUUAACCAAGCUGGCAUUGUCAAAUGCCUUCCUUGUACAAACUUUCAUCAUGUACAACCACACUCAUGACCGAGUCACGGUUGAUGUUUUUUUGCACAAGAUACUGGCUCUUGCCACCUUCUUAUCAGGCCUGGUUUCCUUCAUGGAGGUCCUCACAAAGAAUAAUAUAACCCUGGAGCUGCUGCGGUCAAGUCUCAUUAUGCUCCAAGGGACUUGGUUAUGGCAGAUGGGUUUUGUUCUCUAUAACCCGACUGGAGGUGUUGCCUGGGAUCUGACAGCUCAUCACAACACUAUGCUUCUUACCAUAUACUUUUGUUUCCAUUGUGCGUUUGCCUAUGUCAUCACUGGAGUGAAUUAUGCUGUUGUCACUUGGUUGGUGAAAUGGAGACUUAGGAAGUUCUGCUUCACACAAGUUCCACUCCUGAAAAAUGUCGGGCAAGAGGAAGAAUCAGAAGAGAUGUGA